UUCGUUAAGCAUUUCGGUAUGGUUGUUCUUGGGAAACUUUGUUUGUUGGUGGGAUGGAUCUUUAUUAAUAUCAGAAGAUUUGGAGAAUAGUUUGUAUUUAAUAGUGUGAAUACUGUUGAUUGGAUAAUACUUCACCAUGAGCUCCAGACCAACAACUCGACUACCCGAAGUCGCCCUUAGCGAGAUACCAGCCAGAAAGGAGCUUUUAUAUCAACUAAAGUGCCUCCUAAUAGCGACAUACGCCGUGUCCGGAUUUCUGCUGGUGUUCGGACUAGCGGCUGUCCUAGUUACCGCCCCGGACUACGAGUACCCAAUUAGCGUCGGGGGAGGCUGUUUCUUUGCCGUCACAGGGUUUGCCCAUUCAGUUGUCGGCAACCUUUUUCUGAUAGAGGCUCGGAAACCUUUGUCACCUUCUGGUGAAGAGAGCAGUUGUUACCGUCGAAUCACAUGGAGCGGGACACAGUGGAUCGUGCUUUGGACGAACGUAAUUGGCUUCCUUCUUUCCAUGGUGUUUUCUGCCGUUUUCCCAAUGAACACGUGCAUCAAACGUCUGGCAGACAAGAACUCGAAUCACGGCGUCUGUAACCCGAAUCCAGUCACCAAUCUUGUGCUUGCCUUAUUUGUAUUCAUCCUUUCUCUUUGGUUAAUGGGACUGCAAGUAGUUUUCUAUAUCAAGAAGCGGUCGAAGGUGAUGAACAGGGGUUCUCCACGGAGGUCGGAUGACGCCGACAACAACGCCGUAAGUGGCGCCUUUCGACGCGUAAAGCAGACUAAGCGAUUGGUUCUGCAGUACAUUCAAACCCCUGCGUCGCAGACAAAACGCUAGCCGCACGUCUUAUGUGUUCUGAAUGAGAAACGGUCGACUUAUUAUGUGACUUUUCCUUAAGGACUUCUGAUAUCCUUUUUGUUUACUUGGUUUUAUUUAUGAUGGGACAACUUGUAUUAUAUACAAAUAAUACAUACAUUUCUAUAUAUUGUAA